CUGCUCGACCCCCGGGCAAGGCAGGCAGGCGGCAGGCAGAAGGUGUUUGAGCGAGCCACGGCUGGAGGGAAAAGCAGCCGCCCGUCCUGCGCUGCCGCUUCCAGGUGGGGAUGCUCUCAGACAAGAAGACGGAGAAGCGCGUGGUCUCCUCCAUCUUCAUCAUCCUCGCGCCGCCCCGCAGGGGCUGCGGGGGUCCUGCGAAGGCCCCUCUGUUCCUUCCCACUGAGAAGCCGGUCCCUCAUAAAGAGGGGAGGGGGCCCAGCAGCGCUCCGGGUGCAGGCUCCUCUGCCUUGCUGCCGCCUCCUCCUGUUGACCCUCCUCAGCCCGUGGAGGCUGUCCUGGGGUCUCUGCAGCCCGCUGCCCUCCGAGUGGAGACCCUGGGCCCGGAUCUGCAGAAGGGAGCAGCCCCCUCACCCGCCUCCCUGCAGACUUCUGGAACGGAAGAGCCUCAGCCGGCCUUGUCUCUCGGCUGGACAGAUGGACAGGCAGAGGAGGAGGAGGAGGAGGCCGCAGCGCCAGAUAUCUGCGCUUUCUGUCAUAAGGGCAUCACGCCCGACGCUGUUGCUCUGGAGGCCAUGAGGAAGCAGUACCACGUCACGUGCUUCACUUGCCGGGUGUGUCACAGCAGCCUGGCAGGGCAGAGCUAUUAUCAGAAAGAGGGACGGCCGCUGUGCGUGACCUGUUAUCAGGAGACCCUGGAGAAAUGCGAUGCCUGCCAAGCCUUCAUCCAAAGUGAGAUUGUGUGGGCUGUGGGAAAGGGAUACCACCCUGAAUGCUUCACCUGCGUGGCCUGCAGCCAACAGAUUGGUAGCGACGCCUUUGCCGUGGAUGACGAUCAGCGGGCGCUUUGCCUUCCAGACUUUUACCGGAGGUUUGCUCCCGUCUGCGGGGUCUGCGAGGAGCCCAUUAUCCCGCAGGACGGGAGGGACGCGUACCGGAUCGAGUGCCUGGGCAGAAGCUUCCACGAGGACUGCUAUCGGUGUGAGAAGUGUCAGGUCUUGCUGUCCCUGGAGCCCACGGAGGACGGGUGUUACCCUCUAGGUAGCCGCCUCCUUUGCCGAGCCUGCCACGUCUGGCAGAGCCAGGAUCCUCCCACGGAAGAGACGGAGGCUGAUUGCUCUCAGAAUCGGGGCCAGGAGGGCUAGCCCAGUGCUCCACCUGCCCUCCCCCGCCCCCUUGUUCUGUCUGUGAGCCUUUUUCAGUGUUUUUUCCUCCUUGGGGAGUGGGCCAAGGAGGAUGGAGAUUUGAACGAGAUUUGCCACUCUUCCACCAGACCAAAGACGCCAUGCUCCUAAUGCCCCCCACGCUUAUGUCUGCCGGAUCGGGGCACUCUUCUUCUGCUCUCCUUGCUGCUGGAGGCACGGCAGAAGCCUCGGCCGGGAUUCAGCCUCUUACCCAGGGUAGGGGAGGAGAGGUGAGGCUCAGGGUCCUUAGUAGUCCACCUUAAGGAGGUGUAGAGCGAGGAAACGGCCAUACGAUUUCAGAAGGGAAGCCCUAGUUGGCCCUCACAGCUUCUCCCAAGCUCUGCUUUGGGGAGAGGGGGGUGGGGCAGGUGACAGCCUGGGCUUCUAAGACCACCUGACCUAAGACAACACAGGGGAUCUGGAGAGGGAGCAGCAACCCCAUGCCACAAAUUGCCAUGUGGCAUCUCCAUAGUUGUGGGCCCUUCAGCUGCUCCGUGGUGGGUUGGUCGGGCGAGAGGGAGCCGAGAGCGCUCUAACCCUGCAGGCCUCUAAUCCUGCUCCCCCUGCCCCAAAGAAGCCCCCCUUUUGAGUCAAGCCCAGCAGCCAGGAGAUCAGAGAAAAGGCCUGGCAGGUGGAGACACCUCGGCAGAAGCAAGUUUUCAGUGGAUUUCUCCCCGUUAGUACCCGUCUCCUCCACUAGGGGGCAGCCCAGCUCUGGAACUUGGGUCCCCCCCCUCCCUCCCUCCCUGCAAAUCAGAAAGAUGUGGGCACCGCUGCUGGGACUUAAAACAUUGGGGAGCCGGGCAGGAGCUCUGCCCCCUUGAAGGACGGAGAGGGGCUCCUGGAAAAAGCCUUGUGGAAGCUCAUUGUCCCACAGGCACAUUGGAGGCUCUUUCUUUUGAUACUCGGGCAACCGCUUGAGCCUUUUCCCUUUGCUUUCGUCAGUCCUGGCCAGCAAGGCCAAGAGUUAAGAGUGCCAAUAAAGGGGGAGGGGUCCCCAAACCGGCUCCCCACUUUACCCCCGCAAGUCGAGGCGGCUUGCUAACUGUUUCCCUUUGUCUGUGUUGACUCUGCCCAAGCGCUGUCCAGGGCCAUGACUGGAAUGAGAGAGGGAUGUGCUCCUUUGGGGCUCCCUCGGAUAUUUCAAUCCUAGGAGCCCCACUUCGUUGGUACUCGGGUGCCAGGCAGCCUCUCCACCACCCACCCACCGCCAAGGCUGGGCUGCAUCCCUCCGAGAAGAACCUGAUGAUCUGCAAGCCUUUGUUAUAAACCGAUAUAAAGCCGGCAGACAAAGGGCAGUUGCUUAAAGCAGGGGUCUCCGACCUUGGCGAGUUUUACCACUUGUGGACUUCCACAAGUGGUAAAAGUCGCCAAGGUCGGAGACCCCUUGGCUUAAAGCCAUUGAUCCCAAAGGUGCUUUUCAAAAGGCAACUGGACUUUCUUGGGGGUUCCUUCCCUCCCCCUUUAAAACGUUUCGCUUCUCAUCCCAGAAGCUUUUCACAAGGGGGGGGGGGAAUCCCUUAAAAGAUUCCAGUCACCCUUGUUGGGACAACCGUGGACGGCUGAAAAGACUUUCUCCGUAGACCCGGCUAGGUGUCCGUGCUUGUCAAUCAGAAAGGUCGGCGGUUCGAAUCCCUAGUAUAGGGUCUCCCUGCAGGUGAGCAGGGGGUUGGCUAGAUGACCUCCAAGGCCCCUUCCCACUCUUAUUACUCUUGUUAUUAUGUUAUGAAAAGCCAUUUCUGCAAAGGCAGAGCCUGGUUAGCAGGGGUUGGGUGUAUGUGUGUGCCAGCCUUGGUGCCCUUCGGAAGGGGGUGGGUGGGAUUUAUCGCCUUGCAAGAAGAUCUCUCGAUUCAGAGGCUUUGCUUGGCCUGUCCGAUGUACGGAUGGAAAUCCGGGGUGCGUGUGCAAUAAAACAAUCCGAAAAUAAAAAGGUUUCAAAAAAAAAGAGAAUCCAGCACCGAAGCCUCACUCU